GCUGCGUGCAGUGUGUUGGCUAACUCGGACGAUACGUGCAAGCUUGUGCGCCAAACUUUGUUUGAGUGUGAAGCUUCUUAUGCGCGGAAAUUGGAUGUUUGUGGAGAGAGAGAGAGAGAGAGCUACUCAUACGCGGCUGCGCUUGGAGUAAAACUUGUGUUGUUGGGAUCGGAAAUCCGUCAGAUGGUAAAACAUCGAGAUACCGGAGCUAUUUCAUCGUGCAAUGCGCUGGCGAAAAUGCAAAACCGGAUGGAAUUGAUCGAUCGAGCAGCAUCUGAAAAUCGGAGUUUGACUUCUGCUCCGUUAGGCAGCUCAUCUACACAAAAAAAAAAACCAUUCAAACCAAAAAUCAUUGCGAAAUCACGCAAUAACAUACAAUCACGCACACACAACUCACAACCAGCACGCACACAGGAUACCACACCACCCACUCAAACACGACCAUUAAACUAUGAUCAAUCAUUUACACGCAUCAAUGUACAAUCACGCACAAAAAACACACAACCAGCACGCACACAGGAUACCAUGCCACCCACUCAAACACGAUCAUUAAACAACGAACAAUCAUUUACACAUAACAAUGUACAAUCACGCACAAACAACGCACAACCAGCACGCACACAGGAUACCACAUCACCCACUCAAAUACGAUCAUUAAACAACGAACAAUCAUUUACACAUAACAAUGUACAAUCACGCACAAAAAACCCACAACCAGCAUGCACACAAAAUACCACACCACCAACACAAACACGAUCAUUAAACAAGGAACAAUCAUUUAAAGGCAAUAACAUACAAUCACGCACGCUAAACACACAACUACAACGCACACAUACUGCACCACCCACUCAAACACUAAUACCGGACCAGACUCGUGGUUUGGAUCUCGUAUCGUUGGUCAAAGAGGUCUUGCAGGAGCAGAGAAGCAUCAGAGAAAGAAUGGACGCACUUGAAACAACCGCGAACGCAUGCUUGAAUAUCUUGAAGCAGCUCUCCAAUAAAAAGAAUAGAGCUAACAAGAAAAUGCCGCAAUUCUUUCCAUUCGAGACUGUGGAGAACCUCCUCAAUUUUGACAAAGUCUCCGACGAAGAGUAUAAUAACGCUGUUACCUAUUUAGCCUACAUCGGAGGGGUUAAUGCAUCGGAUGCUGCAGCACUUUAUUUGAAAAAGUGCUUUAAGACCACUGAAAGCCUUGUCACCGGCGUUACCUGGCUGGGCUCCAAAAAAGCCAAUAUAGUUGCGCUCAACGAAACUCGUUUCGCUGCUGCUUGUGAAGGUACGUUAUUUCCAUUUAUAUUUAUCGAAACUAUAUUAAUGCCAUUUUUUUAUUUUUUAGAUGCCAUGUCGGAAAACAAAAAUAUUAACGACCCCGAUAAAUCGACGUUUGCAACAGCGAUGACGAAGGCCCUGAAGAGCAUAAAAGAAGAAGAAGAGUAUAGGCGGAAGAAAAUGAAGCGUGCAGCCACCAACAAUGCUGAUGUUAAUGAUGGACAGCCUCUACUACAGAGACGAAGACUGGAUGCUGUACACAACGGUGCAAACAUCGAUUUUGAAGAAGGGUACGGCAACCAGGAACGCGACGGCAUCGGGGACGACGGCGGCAUCGAGGACGACGGAGAUGGAAACAACGAAAUCGACAGCGAAGAAGAAGAACGCCUAAUGCGAGUUGGGGCUAUUCAAGGUUACAGGGACACGUUGCAGUUGGAGUAUCUAGAGGAAGAUACUCAGACACUCCAACAACACUUCACCUUCAGUCCCAACUAUGCACCACAAUUUUCUUAAAUAGGAAAGAAAAUCAAGUUAAAAUUUUAUUUUUUUAUAAAUUUUAUGACUGUAUAUAUUGUAUCAUUGAUUAAAAUAUAAAUAAAUAAUAUUUUCAUAUAAAAAAGUAUUUUUAUUUAUUCCCGCAAAAAUUUGAAUAAAUUGCACAACGUGCAAGCAAGGUGCCUGCACAACGACGGCACGCC